UGGAGGGAACCUCUUGUCUGCCUUUCUUCCUAUUCGUUGGACGUGGACAGUACGCUCUUUACAGCCAAUCAAAAACUCCAGGUGCACCUUGGCUUUAUCAGGAGGGUUCUUUGUGAAGUUUGCACAUGGAAUCAUCGGUCUCUGUUGGCCUAACGUUAGCUAACACGGAACAGAUGACCAGCGCUCAGAAUAUCACAACCCAGGCACAGCCCAUGCAGAUCCAAGUAGCUCAAACCAGUCAACAACAGCAAACGCAAGUCGUUCAGGUCGGGGGAAGCGGUCAGAUCAUGGCCUCAGGCCAGCCAAUCACCAUCCAGCUAGCCGGCAAUCAAGGGGGCACCGUCCAGCUGCAGCAGGUGGGCCAGAUGUUGCAGGUCACCGGCCAAAAUGGACAAGUACAGCAGAUACAAUUGGUGCAGCAACCGCAACAGGUCCAACUACAGCAACCGCAACAGCAAGCAACGGCAACCACCCAACAGCAACCCCAACAACAACAGCAGCAGCAAGCACAGCAGAUCACAGUACAGCAACAGCCCCAGUCGCAGCCAAUCAUCUUGCAGUCGGGUCAGCAGCAGGUCGCAGGUCAAGGCGGAGGUCAACUUCAGCUGCAGCAGUUUGUUACCCCCGACGGUCAGACCAUCCUAUACCAGCCCGUCACCAACGCCGACACCAGUACCGGUACCUCGGUGGGUCUCCCACAGACCAACCAGGCCACAACUCAGAACGCCAACUCGCUCAUGGCCACCAUGCCGGUCAACUCAGAUGGCGGAAUAGUCAUGAUGGUUCCCGGGUCUGGCGGGGUACCAACCAUGCAGAGAAUACCCCUUCCAGGGGCGGAGCUUCUGGAGGAGGAACCGUUGUACGUCAACGCCAAGCAGUACCACCGGAUACUGAAGCGCCGACAAGCUAGGGCUAAGCUGGAGGCGGAAGGUCGCAUCCCGAAGGAAAGAAGGAAAUACCUGCACGAGUCGCGACACGCCCACGCCAUGAACCGAGUCAGGGGCGACGGAGGGCGCUUUAACCACGGCCGUUCGGACAACGAGACCUCCUUUGAGGAAUCGCCCACAAUGGUCCCCAGGUCCAAGUUCCCGCAGGGGGAAAAUGCAUCGCAGCAGCAACAGUUUUCAGUCACCAACCAAGCCGGUAAUUCAGACUCCGACAGCUCGCUGAACAUCAACCUCGACAUGCUGAGUGGUUCCCCGCAAAUCGUCGCCAACAACCAAUCGCUGCUGGAGCCGACGCCCAACGUCACGACCAACGGGACAACAAACACUGUCUAGUCUUUGCUACUUGUAAAUAUUUAUGUAAAUAAGUAGCCGUGAGCGAGUUCAUAUAUUUGUCUAUCUUUGCUCGAACCCACGCGAGUCAACUUUAAUUGGGUUAGUUCUGCUGGCCUGGGCGAGAAGUUGAUUUUUCUACUCGAGUACUCGCAAAGAAAUUACUUGCGAGUAGUCGAGUACUCGCAAGUAGAUAACCAAAUUCCCAUAAAAGCAGAAAUAUGACAUACAUGUUAGUAUGAAGGGAAGUACCCACAAGCAAAUAGCAUGCAAGUCACACUACAUUCUUCAGCACUGAGUUAUCCUUACUGUGCCAUGUUUUGGGUCAUUUACUUGGACUUUGGGGUUUUUUUGACAAAUGGAAUCCUAGGGAGAGAGAGGUGGAGGGAGUGAUUCCCUGUUUGCCCGGGACAGAUUAAGCCGUGAACCCU